UUCACUUCUGGUCGUCUGGCUGAUUUGGCGCGCAAUCUGUAUGGCAAUAUGAGCCCGUGCGUGCAUUAGUGUUGCUUCGACAUCAAACGCUAAACUAAUUUACAAACUUGUUUACAAGAUCACGGACUGCGGUGCGCGCCUCGAAACGAGAAUGGCGCCCGUCGUAAAGCCCACCCGAUUCGCCCACGCCGAAGGCCACACCGACGUCUGCUACGGUCCAACUGGCAGGCAUUUAGUGACGUGCGGUUCGGACGGGGAGGUCAGGACGUGGGAGGGCUUUCAGGACGACGAGCCGAAGUCUUACUCCGUCGGAGAGUCCGCCCUGGCGGUCGCCUGUGGGGGAGGCUCGUUUUUCGUCGCCAUCGACGAUUACACCGUCAAAGCGUUCGAGGCCUCGACCGGGCAGCAGACCAGCGUGGUUGCUCAAUUCCCUUCCGAUGUUUACGCAGUUGCGUGCAGCAGCGACGGAAAGACUCUGGUCGCAGGUUCCGGGGAUUUCACGUUGAAGGUCGUGGAAGUUUCAUCUGGAAACUUCCAAUCACUGGUGGGCCACAAGGCGCCAGUGAUUUGGUGCUGUAUAGACCCUCAAGCCGAGUUUGUCGCUUCUUCGAGCUGUGAUGGCAGUGUUAAAGUCUGGAAGGUGUCGGACCAGAGUUGUGUCAAGACGUGGCAUGGCAUCCUACCGAAGAGCAACGAUUUUCGGACCUCCAAGGUGCUUGGCCGUCUGGCCUGGUCCCCUUCAGGAGACAAGUUGGCCCUGCCCGUGAAGUCGGAGGUGCAGCUGGUCCCACGAAGUACCUGGGACAAGGUGGACAAGCUCGUGCACAAUUCAGUUGAAGAGGAGCUAUCGAUUGUGGCGUUCAGCAGGAUGUGGCAAGCUGCUGGCAGCUGCCACCAGCAAAGGACAGCUGAUGGUGUGGAACUGGAGUGCGCGCCGCUGAUGCACACGGUAUCCUGCGGUGAGAACAUCUGCAGCCUGAGCUGGAACCCAUGUCGGAAAGAGCUUGUUUACUGCAACGUCCAGGGCCAGUUGGGUCUCGUCGAGGACAUCGAGGUUGGCACCAACAAAGAGCAGCUGGCAUCUCCAGCAGUCAGGGCCCUGCCAGAAGACCAAGGGGACGGUGAGGAUGACGGCAUUGACCUAGGUCAGAUCAAAGCGACCUACGAGCCACUCAUCUUUGGAGACUCGGACGCCGAGGGGGAAGACGCACCUGCGGUGCCUAGUACAAGGGCAGCUACGCCUGUACAGCCAGAGUACCGACCACGGUUGGUGCAGGAUGCCUUCCAGCCGAGCUCCACACCUGUCCACCUCCAACACCGUUUCAUGGUGUGGAACUCCGUGGGCAUGGUCUGGGCACACAACACCGCCGAGGAGAGCAGCAUCGACGUGGAGUUCCACGACACCUCAGUGCACCACACCCUACACCGCGGCAACCCCCUGGGCCACACCAUGGCAGCACUCAGCGACCAGGCCCUCGUGCUGGCUGGUCCCCAGCAGCUGGAGUGUUUUCACCUGACAUCGUGGGACAGCAACAAGGAAUGGGCUGUCGAAACGCUCUCUGAUGGCAUCCAGGCAGUGGCGGUGGGCGGCGACUGGCUGGCCGCGUGCUGUAGCUCCGGGAUGGUGCGUACGUGGACGUUUGGCGGCUUGCAGAAAGCCGUGUGGCGUGCGCCGGGACCGGUGGUUGCGCUCGUUGCGAGCGGUCGCUCCCUCGCCCUGAUCUACCACCAAGGAGCAGGUGUCACAGCCGAGCGGCAGGCACUGGCCGUGGUUCAGUACAACGUGGGGGCUGGCGUCCUUGGACCUCCCGUUUCGGUGCCCUUGGCUGAGAGGCAGCGGCUUGCUUGGGCAGGGUACACCGACGAAGGCUCACUUGCGUAUGUGGACUCCGAUGGUGUCGUCUCCAUACUGGGCUCCUCGUAUGGCUGGACUCCCAUUUGCAACACCAGGGACAAUGUGAAGAAUCAGUCGGAUCACUACUUUGUGCUCGGUGUGAGCGAGACACACCAGCAAGUUCGGGCCUUGCUGUGCAAGGGUUCCCGCUACCCGGCCACUUUGCCGCGGCCCGUCAUGGUCAUGUUGGACUUCAGUUUGCCUUACCUGGGGACGGAGUCCGAGAAGGGGCAAAUGGAGGAGGAGCUGUGGCGUGCCUGGUGCCUGGAGGAGGCCCUGAAAAGAGUGGGCGAGGAGGGACAGCAGCUGGUUGAUGUCAGCAAUCGGAGGCAGCUGCUCCUGCUCAAGCUGUUUGCGCUGGCAGCCAAGGCAGAGCGAGAGGUGCGAGCGCUGGAUGUGGCACGUCUCAUGGACUCUGAGCAGCUGAUCCAGGGAGCAGUGGAGUACGCCUCCAAGAGCCGACGGCUUGUGCUGGCACAGCGCGUCGAGCGUCUUCUACUGGAACAGGACUCUCCGUCGCAAAGUGCCCCUGUGGCUCGGCAGGUCUGCCGGCCCAUCCCACCUAUGGGCAAGCGUAGACCUGACCCACCAUCAUAUGCGGUACUGAAGCGCAAGCCGUUGCAUCUAUCCUGGAAGCGGCCAGCUGACUGCGCGAGUAUAGAUGUAGCGUCCUUGCCUUCCGAUGAGCAUCGCACCGCACCAGAACCACCCGUGACCAGAGGGAACCCGUUCAAGGUGACCAAGUCUCAGGAGAACCCAGUGGCGGACGGUGCCACUAACUGCGUGAAGUCGCGAGGAGAUGCGGGCGUUGGUCGUCGGCAGAUGACGCUGCAGUUUGGUGCUGCCCGCAGCGAAACUGCCCCCGCACCCACCAAGUCUGGUGUGCAGCUGUACGUGGAAUCAAUUCGAGCAACUCUGCUCGAGGAGGAGCCGGAUCUCGCAGAGGACCAGCUUGUUAGCCGGGCAGUGGCCCGGUUCAGGACUUUGUCUCAAGAAGAACGAGCGGAAUGGAACGGCCGGGCCAAGCGGCGGUCUCCGAGUCCCGCGCAAGCCUCCAAGAGACAGCGACCGGCUUCGUGAGUGCGCUCUGGUGUUGGCCCAGUGUCAGCUGGGCAGCGCGUACUCGUCCACCUUGUCCAUAAAGCUGCACACUAUGGCAGACUCCACCUGUAAAAAGCAACGAUUAAACAGUGACUCGUUUGUAUGCACA